UCAAAAUACCACAUGGUUUCUUCAUAGUUCACAUAAAAACACCCUGAUUUUUGUUUGCCCCUAAGCCAAUACAAUCCAAGUAUACCCCAGUCUAGACCCCACUCUUCUUCUCUUAUCCCUUCCCUUCCCCAAAAAUAAUAUCUUCAAGAAAAGUUACAAACCUCAGCCUUCUUCUCGCUUCUCCAGUUUCUUUCAAGCAGCUUCCUUCAUGGAGCUCACUUGUUUGCAUAACAAAUUCAAUUUGUCUGCUUUGCCUCACCUUUCACUUCCAUCCUCCAAGAACCCUAACCCCAGAUUCUUUUCUAGAAAAAGGAACAAUCUUUGUCUGGCCUCAACUUCUGAUACCCUUGUGACUGGCUCCGGAAAAGAAGUUAGCAGCAAGAAAGAUGCUGAAUUGGGGGACUUGAAAUCUUGGAUGCACAAAAAUGGCUUGCCACCCUGUAAAGUUGUUCUCAAAGAGAGGCCUUCUUAUGAUGAGAAGCAUAGACCUAUACAUUACGUCGCUGCCUGUGAGGAUCUUCGGGCGGGUGACGUGGCUUUUUCGGUGCCGAAUUCAUUGGUUGUAACGCUUGAGAGAGUGCUGGGAAAUGAGACUGUUGCGGAACUUUUGACAACAAACAAGUUGUCAGAAUUGGCAUGCUUAGCGUUGUACUUAAUGUAUGAGAAGAAGCAAGGAAAGAAAUCAUUCUGGUAUCCAUAUAUUAGAGAGCUUGAUCGCCAACGUGGAAGGGGCCAGCUGGCUGUGGAAUCUCCACUUCUAUGGUCAGAUGAUGAAUUGGCUUACCUAACGGGUAGCCCCACUAAGGCUGAAAUUCUUGAAAGGGCUGAAGGAAUAAAGAGAGAGUAUAAUGAACUUGAUACUGUUUGGUUUAUGGCUGGGUCUCUCUUUCAGCAAUAUCCCUAUGAUAUACCUACUGAGGCCUUUCCAUUUGAGAUUUUCAAACAAGCCUUUGUUGCUGUUCAGUCUUGUGUGGUGCAUUUACAGAAAGUACCUUUGGCUCGGAGAUUUGCAUUAGUUCCUCUUGGACCCCCAUUGCUAGCUUACAGGAGCAAUUGCAAGGCAAUGUUAAGUGCUGUUGCUGGUGCUGUUGAACUAGUGGUUGAUCGCCCAUAUAAGGCUGGGGAACCUAUUGUUGUCUGGUGUGGACCACAGCCUAAUUCGAAACUUCUUAUAAACUAUGGUUUUGUUGAUGAUGAUAAUUCUUAUGAUCGCCUGGUUGUUGAGGCAGCUUUGAAUACUGAGGAUCCUCAAUAUCAAGACAAGAGACUGGUUGUUCAAAGAAAUGGAAAACUAUCUGUACAAGCUUUUCCUGUUUAUGCAGGGAAGGAAAAAGAAGCUGUCUCGGAUAUGCUUCCAUAUUUUCGAUUAGGCUAUGUUUCAGAUCCUUCUGAGAUGCAAUCUGUCCUUUCUUCUCAAGGUCCAGUCUGCCCGGUGAGCUCAUGUAUGGAACGAGCGGUGCUAGACCAGCUUGCUGAUUAUUUCAAGAGACGCUUGGCUGGCUACCCUACUACACUGAAUGAAGAUGAGUCAUUGUUGUCAGAUCCAAACUUGAAUCCCAAGAAACGAGUUGCCACUCAGCUUGUUAGGUUGGAAAAGAAAAUUCUCCAUGCAUGUUUGCAGGCAACAAUGGAUCUGAUUGACCAGUUACCUGAUCACACUGUGUCUCCAUGCCCUGCACCUUAUGCCCCCCUGUUGAAAUAAAAGUCUGCAGUAUUACCAGUCUUGGUUUUAACUAGGCAAAAUAGUGGAAGUUCUUUGCGCUACUUGGAUAAUUUCCUCUGUCAAUGGGAGAGUAUAUAUCAGGUAGAUUUAAGAAUCUGCAACCUCUAAGGAACAAUAUGGAAUAGGGGAAGUUUGAUGGUGGAUCUAAUAGGGCUUUAAGAGAACGAAUCAUGCUUGUUCUUCUAUUCCAAGAUAUUGGAUGCCGUGAUGUGCCUUUAAUGAAUGGUUCUUCAACAUGUAUAAACUCUUCGUUUGCUUCUUCCUUCUUGCAUAUAAUUUUCUUUCUCUUAUGCUCUUCAAGUGGCUAGCUACAACUUGUGUUUGAGUAGUAGUCUGUAUGUUAUGUACAUAUGAAUAAACGAUGCUAACAUUUUUUCUGUUAAUAAACUGCUAUAAAUCAAAAUUGAAUAGGAAAAGAUUUAAUCAGACGUUAAUUUUGGCUCUA